AGUGACUCAAACCCAGAAGAUCGACUAAUGUCCAACUGGAAGAAGUUGAGCGGCGAGGAGCACUGGGAUGGGCUGUUGGACCCACUGGACGCCGACUUCCGGCGGUACCUCAUCCACUACGGAGAGCGGCUGCAGUCUGUGUACGACGCCUUCAACGGGGAAACCAUGUCCAAGGCCUACGGAUUCAGCCUGUACCCACCGGAAAACUUCUUCACCGACGUCUUCCUCCAGAACGCGAAUCCGUACAAGUACCAGAUCACCAAGUUCCUCUACGCCACCUCGGAGUUCACGCUGGGCGACUGGGUCGUCGCCGGACAGUCUGCGUGGCUGGGGUACGUGGCGGUGAGCACGGAGGAAGGGAAGUCGGUUUUGGGGAGGAGGGACAUCCUGGUCUGCUGGAGGGGCACUCUCACCAGCAUGGAGUGGUUCCAGGAUGCGAAUUUCCCAGCUGUUCCGGUCGGCCAAGUUUAUGGGACUACCCAUAAUCCCAAGGCCCAUCAAGGGUUCUUUAGCGUUUAUGCUCAUAAGAACCCCGAUUCUAUCUACAACAAGAACAGCGCCCGGGAACAGGUCUUGGCAGAGGUGAGAGCACUAGUGGACCAAUAUCGCGAUGAGGAAACGAGCAUAACCGUGGUGGGCCACAGCUUGGGCGCCUCGCUUGCAACCCUAAACGCUGCCGACAUCGUGGCCAACAACUACCACAAACCAACUGGUUCGACUGCUGGCUGCUUGGUCACGGCCUUUGUCUAUGCAAGCCCACUCGUUGGGGAUUGGGGCUUCUACAACAUGUUCAACGCUCUGACGGACCUGCGACUCCUCCGGAUCAGGAACCUCCCCGACCCCGUCCCUAACCUCCCACCCAAGCUACUCGGUUUCUUUGAGGUAGGGAAGGAGCUUCAAAUCUUGGUUUCAUCCUCUUACUUGAAGGUACUUCUCAACCCCCACAGCCUGGAGCUCUAUAUGCAUGGAGUAGCGGGAUACAAUGGAAUCGAACCCUUUAAGUUCGUAGCGCAGCGAGAUAUUGCAUUGCUGAACAAAGAAGACGAUCAUCUCAAAGAAGAGUACAAUGUGCCACCAAAAUGGAGAAGCAUGAGGAACAAGGCUAUGUAUCAGUCGGACGAUGGGUCGUGGAAGUUGCAUGACUACAUGCCUCCUCCUCCGGAAACUGUUGUCCUUCUGUGACUUCUCAUUCGA